AUGGGUGACGUCUACAGAGAGUCUCGCGUCUAUCGUGAGAGGGACUGGGAGCGAGACGAUGGCUCUUCAGACGACGAGCGCUAUCGUAAAACCACAAUCAGACGAUACAAAGUCGCACCAAGCAGGUCUGAUCGCUUCGAACGAGGUUCCGAAUUUGAUGAUGGACGUUCUCAUUUCUCCCGCUAUGGUCGCUCUUCUGGCGACUUAGCUGAACACGACCGACGCUCUUUCGUCCCGGAUCGCCCUCGCUCUGCUUUUGAAGGAGCCCCUUCUCAUGCUAGUUUUCACGAGGACCGUGGUCGAGACACGGCUCCUCGAUCUUACGUUUACGAAAAGGAAACUGAACGAGAGACUUAUCCUCCUCCACCCCCGCCUAUGCCAAUGCCUGCGCCUUCUCAGGUGGGAGAUCGAUCUCGUGCGCCAGUCUUCGUAGAGACCAAGGAAGUUGAGCGUGACUGGGACCGACGAUCUCGCUUUGACGCUUUGUUCGACGAUGAUGUCAAGGUUGAAAACCAAAUGGUCAAGACUGAACGCCGAGAUAACGGCGAGUACCGCGUUGAGAAGCGUGUUGAGGAACACAUCGACGACACUCAUGGAUGCGACGUUGAGCGAUACCGCAAGGAAACGGAAUAUUACACCCCUUACGACCCACCGCCUCCUCCAGCUCCCGUCAUCAUUCGACAGCGCGCGCCUGAACCGCAGAAGAUCAUUGUUCAAGAAGCUCCUCCUCCAGCUCCAGUUAUCGUUUCUCCCCGCCAGCAACAGCAGCCUGGUGUAGUUGUCAUUCGUGAGAGAGAGCCUGAAAGGCAACAGGUUGUAGUUAGAAGGGAGCAUCGAGAGCACCGACACGAGCACCGACAUCGCCCUUCGGAGGAAGAGUAUUACUAUCGCCAUGAGCAUCGCGACUCCCGUGGAGAUCGUGACUACGCCAUUGAGCGAUAUGACCGUAGACGCCGCGAUCAUGGCUAUCACAGUGAUGACGAUGAUUACUACGUCCGACGCAAGGUUAUUCGUCGCCGUGAGGGCAGCGAAAGUCCCCACCACAAGCGACACCUGGCCGAGGGCGCUCUCGCUGGCGCGGGUGUCACAGCUCUUCUCAACAGUCGCCGCGACAGCUACGGUGAACUGCCCGAAAACCGCGGCCGCAAGGUCAUUGCUGGAGCUGCUCUUGGCGCUCUUGGCACUGAGGCUUUCCGCCGAGCUCGUAGCGCUUAUGGUGACCGCUGGCAUGGCGACGAUGAAUCUCCCGACCGCUCCUCUCGGCUUAAGCAGGGUCUCGGAAUCGCUGCUGUUGCUCUAGCUGCUGCUGGUGCCGCCAAAUACUACCAGUCCAAUAAAAUUGAAAAGGAGGAGGCGAUUCGAGGCAGAAGCCGUCGUCGUGGUUAUUACUCUGAUGACUACUCGCGCUCUCGCUCGCGAUCCAUCAUUCGAAGAACCACGACGACAAAGAGCACUAGCCGCGGCAGCCGUCGUCGCAGUGUGUCGACGGCAGCCAAGGCUGCUCUGGGAACUGUUGCUGCUGCAGGUCUUGCCAAACACCUUCGUAACAGGUCCAAGUCCAAGUCGUCUCGAGGCCGCAGCAGCAGUAGGUCAAGCAGCUCGCGCAGCCGCAGCCGAUCGAGGAGCCGCAGCAAGUCUAGACUUCGCCGCGGUGCCGAGAUCGCUGGUGCAGCUGUAGCAGCCAAGGCUGCACACCACGUUUGGAAGAAGCGCAAGGAAAAGAAGGAUGGCAGUGACAAUAGCAGCGAUGAUGAGUACUACCGCCGAGGCCCCUCGAGAAGCCGGAGCAGGAGCAGGUCCAAGGCCAGAUCCAUUCGUUCAGAGGGCGGGACUGAUCCUGAGCUAGGCCCCGUAGUUGAAUACGGCAACGAUCCCCUCGCGACGCAACCGCCAGCCUCAACGUCGCGAGGCUACGAAUCCGAAGCGGAGGCAAGACGUCGACGCCGUAGACGACGCGACCGUAGUCGAUCCGCGUCGUCUGCGGGAUCUGACCAUAACCGUAAACGCAGCAGAAGCCGACUCGGGGCCGCCGCAGCCGCAGGAGCUGCAGCCCUUGGUAUUAAGGAAUACAAGGAUAAGAAGGAUAGGGAGAAAAGAGAGCAGCGCUCUAGGGAACGACGACUCGAACUUGAACGAGAACGCGAGCGAGAAGAUGAGCGAGACCGUCGUGGUCGAGCUACCAGAUCUCCUUCACGAUCACGAUCUCGAAGUCGUUCCAGGAAACGAUUUGAUGACUAUGAUGAUCGUCGCCCUCGCUCUCGCUCACCACCUAUGGCUUCUGGUGGCGCUGGCUUCCCACCUUAUCCCAUGGAUCCUACUCCUCCGCCUGGAAACCAUUACACCAAUAUUCCGGACCGUUCUUCUGACUUCCAGCCUUACGUUCCUCAAGACUACACGGGCUAUCCUCCGCCACCUCCUGGACCUCCUCGAGGACUUUCGACAGGACCCGCCAACUACCCACCGCCAGGACCUCCUGGGCCACCACCGCCCCCUCCUGGACCUCCGGGACCUCCACCGGCUGGCGGUCCAAGAGCGCCUGACAAUGUGAGUAAUCCUGUCCACAACCUUGGCUCAAGAGGCCUUGAUGAGGGUGCGUCCGACUGUACUGGGAGGGUUGUUGGCACAGGAGAAGGAACGGAAGCUGACUCUGCAACAGAUAGUCUAGACUCGUCUGAUGAGGGUCAACCGGCCAAGUCGGUGGUGUUUGGUCCUUUGUCACCGAAGAGCUUUAUGACCAUGAAGCGACACCGUGAGGAAACAGCAGCCAAAGAAGAAAAGGAGAGACAAGAACAAGAGGCUCAUGACCUACUUCAAGGUCUUGUGCCUGCUAGGCCACGUUCGAAGUCUACCCCCCCUGCUAUGGAAAUGGACGAUUACUUUGGGAGACGCCGUCACCGAGAUGAUGACUCUAGUUCGGAUGAAUCUAUCGAAGAACUACCUGACCGAUUUGACAGACAGGGUAGGCCCCUGGAUGAACGAUCGAGUAGGAACCGCGGCUGGAAACGCAGACAAGGUGACUUUCAGUAUAAACCCAGACAUCGAGAUGAUUGGGAUAUCAAAGGUGCUUGGCAAGUAGCUGGAACGGAUAGCCAAGCUGUAGAUCAGCUCGUUCGCGGUGUAACUGGUGCACUUGAAGGCAGAAGCGGAUGGCUUGGUCUAAUUGGAAAUAUUCUUGGAGGACUACAAGAACCAGAACAACGAGGGGCAAUUGAAGAUGGAGGUCACGAAAGAAGAAGACACAGAAGGAGACACAGAGAUUAA